UCCUGCAGCCUUGCCGGGCUGGGCUCCAGGGGAGGAGGAGGUCAGGUGUCAGCUGCUGUGUGUAUAUAGCCCCAGGCCUCCAGGGCCAGGCUCACUGCUGAGGCUGGUGCCAGGCUGCGAAGAUGAAGCUGUCCAGUGUCAUCCUUUGGGCCUUGCUGCUCAGCACAGCCGCAUCGGAUUCAACUGAUGGGCUUCACUUUAAAGAUAAACAUUUGUGCGGGGACCUUUAUGAAGAGGAAUAUGGAGUGAUCUACCCUUAUCUGGGACUGCAUACGGAAUGCCUCUGGAUCAUCAAGAUGGACCCAGGUUGCAAAAUUCUUUUGGAAGUACACUAUGUCCACCUCAACUGUGAUAAAGAGUCUCUCGAGAUUAUAGAUGGGCCGCCAGAAUCUUCUAACUCACAGAAGAUCUGUGACACUUCACACACGGAAUACACAUCUUCUACCAAUACUAUGACCGUCAAGUACACAAGAAAGCCCAACCACCCAGCCCCUGUCUUCUUAUUAAUUUUCCGUCGUGUGUUGUAG